GCCACAAAGUGUGCUAUAAUAAAAAACACCACUUCAAUGCGCAUAAGUCAGGGCAGUCAAAGUGUUGAAUAUAAAAACUGACAUUUACAUGCAACGACAAGUAAUUUACACUACUCACGGAGGAUAGUAAUUGUUAGAAUAUGAAAUAAAUUUAUGUUGGACUCAACAGUACAAUACACUGCAUAAAAUGCAUAGCUUAGCUGGACGAUGCACUCUUUGAAAUUUUGGCGGGUGCUGAGUUGUGUAAUUACAACUCAGCAAUUAUCGGAUAUAAAAGCUCCGAAGUCAAGCGUCUAAUUUUAGUGUAUGUCUGUAAUGCCACUCGUCAAAUAUAUUAAAUACCUAUAAGAAUUAAUAAUCCCCUUUACUCAUACUUUAUUUCAACAGUAAUAAUCGAUUUUCAAAGUAAUAAAAAUGUAAGAGAAAGAAAUGAGACGAAGUGCAAAAAAAUGUAUGCCGGUGUUGCGUAGAAUUCUGCAGCUCGGCAUCCGGUAAAAGGCAUCCACCCGCGCCGAUACGGCUUAUCACUUGACCCUCGCGGUUUACCGACGUUCGCUUGCGGACACACACAUGCAUACGCGCACGAGCAUCACCACGUCGCAUUCCGCGCAGACUCGCGAUCGACCAGCUGGCUGGCGAGCAAGUCGCUGGCUGAUCCGCAUCGCGGCAGAUUUUGUUGUUUCCGGACGACGCGUGAUCCGUCGCGAAUGAAGCCAAGAUCUCAGUGAGGCGUAGGAGGAUGAUUCUGCCGAGUUCGGGCGGUCUCGACUUCGACGUUACGCGCGGCGACGGUAGCUACUUUGCCUUGCAACCUUCCAAUCUCAGCACGCCAAGCUCCGACGACCUGGUGCCCGGCUCUCAUUUCCUCGACGAACCUGCACUCGAGCACGAUCGUGACGACAUUUGCCCCGGGCUCUUCUAUUAUUAUUGGCACAAGCCAUGUCUGACAAAGAAGCUAAUGAUCGUAGGUGGCUCGGUGCUUGCUGGUCUGAUCAUCAUUGUAAUCAUCAUCAGCAGCUUAUCCGGAGUCGACCAUGACAACGAAAUCGAAUUAGUGCCGCCUGACCCGGAAGUACAGCCACCUCCGUCAUACAGCCGACUUAGAGCAUUCAAACGAAGUGCCGUUUGCGCAGAUGGAGCGCCUUGUGCUCUUAUUGGCAAAUCAAUUCUCGAUCGCAAUGGUUCAGCCGUCGACGCGACAAUCGCAGCUCUUAUUUGCAAUGGAAUGGUUAAUAUGCAGAGUAUGGGAUUGGGUGGAGGUUUUGUCAUGGUGAUUUAUAACAAGGCUACAAAUAGCACCUAUGCAUUGAAUGCAAGAGACGUCGCACCAGGCGCGGCCGAUCCUCAUAUGUAUGACGGAUUGUACGAAAAAGCAUCGCUAUACGGUGGCCUGUCAAUAGCAGUGCCUGGCGAAUUAGCUGGCUACUGGGAAGCGCAUCAACGAUUCGGCAAGCUGCCAUGGGCUGAACUUUUCCAUCCGAACAUUGAUCUCUGUGAAAAAGGAUACAAUUUAACCAAGAUCCAAUACGAAAGUUUGUUAAUUAAUGCUACUGCCAUUCGUGCAGAUCCGACAUUCGUGGAUCUAUUUGUUGACCCAGCGACCAACGAGUUUCGCAAAGCCGGAUCGCUCAUUCGGCCGAAAAAAUUGUGCGAAACGCUGAAGAUCAUCGCGGAAAAAAAUGCUACUGAAUUUUAUAAUGGUACCUUAGCAAAGCGUUUAGUAGAGGAUUUACAGAAGCGAGGCAGUAUUAUUACUUUGAAAGAUUUGAGUGAUUAUAGGGCCAAAUGGGAAGAGCCUGAAAAUAUAGAGUUGACAGAUGGCACGAAAGUCUAUUCUACGGGGCUUCCAGCGAGUGGAAGUCUACUGUCGCUAAUUUUAAAUGUUUUCGACGAAUUUCACUUCACGCCCAGUGAUCUCGCCAACACAAGCACCACCGUAAAAACAUAUCAUAGGAUGAUAGAAACGUUUAAGUACGCUUACGGUUGGAGGACGCAGUUAGGCGACGUAGAACGGUCCGGUUUAGCGAGAAAAUUAAGGUCCAAAGAAUAUGCUCGGUCGAUACGAAUGAUAAUCAAGGACAAUAGAACGUGGAACGACCCAACGCAUUACGGUGCGCAUAACGCGGACAAUGACGACCAUGGCACCGCGCAUAUAUCUGUUAUGAGCGAAAACGGCGAUGCAGUGUCUGUUACCAGUACCAUCAACACAUAUUUCGCUAGUGCCGUGGUGAGCGAGAGCACAGGUAUUCUAAUGAACAACGCGAUGGAUGACUUUGGUUUGCCGGGUCAUCUCAGCUAUUUUGGCAUUCCGCCGAAUGAACAUAACUUUAUUGCGCCAGGCAAGAGACCACUGUCAUCGAUGACCCCGGCGAUUCUCGUCGAUGACAAGAACGACGUGAAAAUGACCAUAGGCGCUGCUGGUGGCACGAAAAUUACUACCGCAGUCGCUUUCGUGAUAGCAAGACGCCUGUGGAUGAAUAAUACACUAAAGGAAGCGGUGGACGCGCCUCGAAUUCAUCACCAAAUUUAUCCCAUGGAAGUGUCUUAUGAGCUCGGUAUGCCAAAGCCAAUCGUCGAUGGAUUACGAGCCCUUGGACAUAAAACGCAACGCUAUAGAAAUCGCGGCAGUAUCGUUUGCGUAUUGGAAAAAGUUAAUGGCACCAUCUACGCGAACGCGGAUUAUCGCAAGGGAGGUGACGUUUACGGGAUCAAUUGAAAGGACCAAAAGUGACGAUCAAUUGUUAUUUUACAUUCCAUCCGUUGCAUAGAGUGUAUUUGACCUUUUCCCGCUGCGAUUAUUUAAAUUAUAAGUUUAGCAUUCAACGAAUUUUAUCAGCGAUGAAUCAGCGGUAAGCUCUAAUUUUAUAAAUCAAGCCGUAUUCUCGAGAUUUUAGUGUAUUUUAGAAACUGCGAUUUGGUCUAUCACUGAAUUUUGAUCAGCUAUUUUGAUCAAUAUUUUAACAUUUAUUCUUGCAAAAUAUAAGUUGGAUAGAUAAACCAAUUAAUAAAAUUCAAAAUAACAAAGAUAAAUAUUUGUCUUUUUCAAUAAACAGAAAUUUUUAUCUUUCAACGCUGAACGCAUGUCACGUAAAAUAUGCCUAAUAAGCCUUAUAGCCUUAUCGCAUUGCAUUUUUUACGUAGAACAUAUAUUUCAAAUUUGCGUAUAAAGAAAAAAGAAUCAAAAACCAUUGCAGAUACUAAAACGUUUGAUAUAACGAUUCAAGAAAAAUUAUGACCGUCAAUAAAUUAUUUCAUUAGCUUCCAAAUAUUUUGAUCUCCCUAAUGUUAGUAUUUAGAUAUCUUUUUUAUCCAAUAAUAUGUAAUGAAAAAAAGGGCAAAAAGAAGUCUUAUGACAUUUCAGAUGUCAUUCCAAGUACACAAAUAAAUAAUUUCAUACGAAAAAAAAUUUAUGUAAAUUUUAGAUAUGUUAGCGUUCACGCGUUGCUUUGCAAAUAUAAUAUAAAUAUUUAUAAUACAUGAUUGAAUCUCCGUGUUUUUCUGCACUGCUCUGCAGCACUGUUAUUGUCUGUUCCAACGAUAUACAUAUGCGCGCUAUCCUUGACGAGAGUUGUAGACUCGCUAAAGCCUUGACGGAUUGUAGAUAUUUACCAUUUAAAAAGAAGUGUAAAAGUGAACUUUUACGAUACAAACGUGUCAAUAUUAUGCAAACAACGAGUGAUCUGCAUGUAACACAGAUAAAUCAGAUAAUUAAUGCACCUUCCGUUCGUGCGAAAGUAUGCAAGAGAUUUUGGAUUAUUUUUUUACGAAAUUUCAAGUAUCUUUUUAACAUAUAAUAUUUUUGCGGCUUGCGGUUUUGACAAUUCUAUAUGCUCGAAUAUCAUUACUGGUUUAUGAAUGUGAAAAUGUUUCAACGUUUUAAUUUUUCUGAUUUGUAAAUUAUAAUAAACACUUGAAUUUUGCCAUCAUA